UUGCAUAAAUGUCAUUCGAAGUCUAAUGUAAGCCAAAACAAAAUAAAGGUACACAUAAUUUUAAAAUAAAAUAUUGUUUGCUUUGCCUACAAGAAAAAUAUAAAAUAUGAAUUUUAAUUCAUAUAAUGGAAACGAAAGUACAGAAGCAAAUUAUUGACUACUUUUCGUACUUCGAAGAAUUGUACAAUACGUCCAAAAGUAGUUUGAAAAUUUGCCAAAACUGCGCAAUUUCUAUAAAUAAAUUAAUACAUCGCUGCCGCAAUAUCAAAGAUUUCAAAAAUUGACUGUUUUAGAGCCCAAGUAAUUGGCACUCCAUUGGAAGAAUUUACAGGGCUCCAAGCUAAAUUGUUAUCGGCUCUACAUAACCUCAUUUCUGAAGAAGUUGAAGAGAUACAAAGUCAACGAUCAAUCAUUGAAGACUUGUUUGAACAACUUUGUAACAAAAACAGAGUUCUUUUAGAAAGCUGCAAAGAAAUUGACUUCUCAGUUCAAACACCACUUGUAACUGGAACCCCAUACCAACCUCCUUUAGAGCAGGUCCUAGAAUUUGUGGCAGACACAAUAUCUUUUGGAGGUCAAAUCUGUGGUCAGAUUGAAACUUCACUAAACGUUUUAGCCCUUAAAGGUCUGAACACACAGUCGUUGGUUGAAAAUUUUAAAAUACCUUCUGAUUGGCAGCGAAAAGUGCCUGAAAUUAUUGCAUACACAUCCUUUUGCACGGAAAACGAAAUAUAAAAGCUAGAGCUUUAAUUCAAAGGUUAUUGUUCAAACAUGGAUCUCUUAGGCUCCAUAUUGAAUUCCAUGCAAAAACCUCCGUCAACGAGUGAGGCGCAGAAAAAUGCUAUGAAAAAGCAGAAAGAGGCAAUAGAACGUAAGCAGAAAGAAGAAAAAGUUAUUUUGAACAAAUUCUGUAAACGAGUUGAGGAGAAGAUAAGUAAUUUCAUAAAGGAUGGUACUAAACCAUACCUGCAGUUUGAACCGAUGGAACAAAUGUACAGAUCUGUUAUCCGUGAUGUGGCUACCACAGCUGGUGCUCAGGUAUACUCAUUUGGACAAGAAGGUGUGGACCGUUAUGCCGUUGUCUACUUAAAAGAUAAAGGUCCCUCUGAGGAUGAGUUAAGUGUUCGUAGAGGCGGUGGUGUAUGGAACGAUGACAAAGCCACCGAAAUGGCUCAAAGACGUCUAGAAAUGGAGAAACAAGCCGAACUAGAUAACCAAGAAGAGAAGAAUAGAAAACGGAAGCAUGGCAAAGAAGAAUUGAGUGGGACUUUUUAUAAACAGAAAUACGCGCAUCUGAUUGGCCAAGAAGCUGCCAUAGAUGCAGCACAGAAGACUAAUAUGAACAAAAGUUAUGGAGAAGUUCCUAGCGAGAAUAAAAAGGAUUUACGUUCCAUAGAACAGACAAUGGCUGAUAUUAAAGCCAAAAAGGUUAAAAAAGCUGAGGACGACAAAGCAAUUUUGGAUGGAGAGAGUAGUAUUUGACUAGUUUUGAAUAGAAUCGUCAAUUUCCUUUAGUUUCAUUGUUAUACCUUAGUUUUCCUUAGUUUACUUAAAAGGUAAACAAGUAUGACCCUGUUACCAAGAACUGACAAUAAAAUCACUAUGAUGAACCUCAAUCCAGGUGCUCGAUUGCGGUAGAAUGACAGCUACAAUGUGACAAUCGCAAUUACCUCUGAUUGGUUGACGCUCGCUCACUAUUGGCUACAAUGCAUUGUUGCAACAAGAAUACCAUAAAUUCAGCCAAUCACAACAAUUGAAUGAUUGAUGCAGGUUUUCCGGAAUCGACCUACUGAAGGUCUUUCGUGUUUUCUCUGAGGUUUCGGCGAUUUGUUUAUCUUUUAAGCAAACUAAAGAAUAGCAGACUAUAUCAGAACAUCUAAUUCAGAAUAAGUAUAAGUGUUAAAUUAUUGCGCAGAUGACUAGUGAGACAUCAGCUAGCGUUAUUGUAAAAACAGAUAUAUUUGUAUAGCAUUAAACUUUAAUUUGCUUUGGAUGCUAGAUAUUUAUCUGUAAUAUUUAUCUGUGCUUCUUAUUACUUUAUGUUUCAGAAAGUUAAUUGUAAAAUUCCUAACUAAUAAAUUUUAGCAA